ACUGAUAAUGACUGGGGAGAUUCGAAGAAAGGUGGAGGAAAGAAGAAAGGCGGGCGAGGUGGCGGUGGAGGAAAAGCUGCGAAAUCCACUGGAACGGCACGAGAUGAGUCGUCUUCUGCGAUGAUAGGUGUUCCGCAAGAGACUCUCCAAGAAUGGGUUCUUGCCACUGAAGUAGUGCCUGAAGAAAUUAUGGAGGAUGUAAUGGAACAAAUCGAAGCUGUACAAACGUCCGACGUUUGUGAUGUCCAGUCAGCAUUGCAACCUAUGGCCAUACCGUUUGACGAUGCGGAUUUCAUAGCGAUUUCGGAGCAGGUGGCGUCGACGGAGAAUGAUCUACACAGCGCUGGAACACAUGUUUUCUCGGAUCGGAUGCUAUCCAAGACUAUUGAAAGGCUGAAUGAUCGCAUUGAUUCGUGGGCCCAUGAACUGUUGAGCCGCAUCGAACAAGAACGAAAAGGUCCGCAACAACAGAAGAAGGCGAUCGAGACUGAUAAUGACUGGGGAGAUUCGAAGAAAGGUGGAGGAAAGAAGAAAGGCGGGCGAGGUGGCGGUGGAGGAAAAGCUGCGAAAUCCACUGGAACGGCACGAGAUGAGUCGUCUUCUGCGAUGAUAGGUGUUCCGCAAGAGACUCUCCAAGAAUGGGUUCUUGCCACUGAAGUAGUGCCUGAAGAAAUUAUGGAGGAUGUAAUGGAACAAAUCGGUUCUCAGGUGGAUGACAAAAUUCGCGCACGCGUCAAUGAAAUAGCUGUAUCUCAACAGAAUGCGGCAGCCCAGUCGCAGAAGAAAAGCUUGGCUCAACUUCAACAAAGAGCACAAGGGCUCUAUUCCUCCAUUUGCAUGUUUGAAUCGGCGAGUUCGUCCUUCCCAGACUCUCUUCGCGAUGAACUGCGGCAAUAUUUGCUUCGUACAAUGGGCACCGAUUUGGCCAAUGCAGCUCUUUCGUGUGCCUCUGGGAUGGAGAAUGCUGGCCAGUUGAAGGAAAAGCAGCGAGAGGAAACGAUCGCCUCACUACCACCUGCACUACGCGACACAGUCAGUUCCCUAUACAGUUCAUUACGUAGUGAAAAUCUGGACGCUUUCCAUUCGGCCGUUUUCGAUCUUUCAUCUCCUGCAGCACUUUCGAUUGCGCUGAGGCAACCUGAUUCGAAGGCUAGAGCCGAGGUGCUGGAAAGUUAUGUCGCCGAACUGAAAGAGCAGGUGAUAGCCCAGACCGACCCAGCUGCUGUGCUGUUGUCAUGUGUUCUUUACCUGCUGGCCAAACACGGAAAACCUGUAACCGCUAGCGGACGGUUCGUUGCGCAGCUGGUGACGCAGUUGAAUGGAGUUGUGGAACAGAGCUUAUUUGAUCUGCUGGUGUCAGUGCAACGGCUGGUCGUGCAGUGUCUGAAGAACAAGACCGAUGAGGUGGCCAAGGAUAUGCUAUCGUCGGAAGUCGGAAAGCUGAAAGAGAUGGUGUCAGUUUAG